AGUCAGUGUCAGGAUUGCGCUUCAAAGAGGGGGAAAGCCGCGUUGGCUGUCUUUUUUUUUCGAGUGCAGUCGGUUUUUUUUCCGAGUACCGUUCCACCUGGUUUGGCUGCAGUCCGGGCCGUAUUGGAGAAGCAGACAGGGAAUAUCCGCGGGUCUUCGUUUUCCCUUUGAUGGUCUCGUUUUGCCCUUGACUUGGUACGGAUGACAGAUUUCAGGGAGGCCAGCGCGGAGCACUCUCCCGCGGCGACUGACGGGAGCUGGCAGCUAGAAAGGCGCCACCGGCGCAAUCGCCCGCAGCCGUCGCAGCAGAUGGCGAACAACAGGGUCGGCGGUCACGGCGCGUUCUCGUCGGGCGGCAGAAGGUCGACAGAGCCCAACAACGUAAGAAGGCAGGGGGAGUACGCGCACGGCUCGCCGUACGGCAAUUCAAGGGGCAAUUCCAACCACAGCGACUACAAAAGCAACUUUGCCGGCCACGGGGCGAGCGGGGGGUCGUUUAGCAGGAAAAAGGGUGGCACGAGCGAGGGCGCAUCGGGCGCGAGCAACGGCAAUGCCGCUAAAGGAAGGAGCGCGAAGUCCGCCCAAGAAGGAGCGAUCGAGAUUUUGAGAUCCCGCGGAGUGUGCCAAGAAAUUCUAGACAAAGUUGAACAAAUCAAGGCCGAAUAUGGAUAUUUCAGCAUUGAAGAAAUUUACUACACGCUGAAGAAUUUAGACUAUGGCGUCACGGAAACGAUCGACGCGCUGAUCGAGAAGAAGAACAACAGUUGGAGUUCCUUGAUACAAAGGAACAUUUCGUGUUCGAACGCGGCCCCUUCUUCUCAGUCGGAGCAAUGCAGGGCGACGGACGAAUGCGCCCAGAGGAAGGGAAAGAAGGUCGUGUCGCAGCCUUCUCCCGCGCCCGCACCUCCCCCAGACAUAGAUCCUGCGGCGGUGAGUCUUUCCAUUGAGGAGUGCCUCAAGGAGACCCAGGAGGCCACCAAGAUGCUAAUGGAGUUGAAGCGAGAGCUCUUUAACAGUAUCAAUAACCAGCAGCUGGGAGAGCAGCUAAAUAGCGAAAAGCAGCAGCUGUUGGAGCGCAAGAAAGAAAUUUCAAAAGAAAAUCUCAUCAUCGACGAGCGACUGGCUCAGAUCGAAAAGGAGCUCGUCCAGCUCAACCUCGAGACGAUCAAUAAGGUCACGCAGAUCGCUCAGAAGCUGCCCAAGGCGGGCGGUGUGCACUCACUGAUCAAAAACAGAGGCUGACGUUCAGUGUAGAGGAGGGAUUUUUUUGCAGGCGUUUGAUCCAUUUUGGCUCUCUGUUUGGGGUUUUCCGGGAGCAAGACAGGAACGCGAAAACAGAAUGAAAUAAAUAAAUAAAUAAAAAAAAAAAAGAAGGUGCUCAAUAAACUGGGAAGUUUAUGGCUUUUA